UUGCAAAAUUCUUUUCUUUUUACAUUCAUUUUUCCUCAUCUCUCUCUCUCUCUCUCUCUCUCUCUCUAGUCAUAGCUUUUGUUCUAGAGGGAGAUAUCAGCCCAGCAGAUCGAAAUCUCCAAUCUUUAGUUGAGUUCCAUAUGAGGGAGGGAGGAUCUAAAGCUUCUUCCAUAAUUCUUGGUUUCAUUUCAUAGUUAUUUCUAUUACCUCUUGUGUUAUUUUAUUUAUUUAUAUUUCUCUUUCUCUCUCUUGUUUGGCUUUGGCAAGUCAGAGACACAGACAAUAUGAACACCUCUGAAAUUUCCCAUGAAUUUUCAAUUAGGGUAGAACUCAAUAUUACCCGUUGAAUGCUUCAAUCCAUGAAUGGUUCUCGACGACAGCAGCCAUUCCAGGACGUGGGGCGGUCCAAGUAAUAGGAACACAAAUACAUUAACUCCAUGGAGAACCUUAAUGAGGAUUCAAGCAAUGGUUUCUGGCCCUUCAUGUUUGGAGACAAGAUUCCGAUGAAUGGACACUAUUACGGAUUUACGCAGCGCGUCGAUAAUGGUUAUCUGCGGCAUGAGAAGGAUGUCUUGAAGCAAAAAAUGCUCCAACAUGAGGCAGUUUUCAAGAACCAGGUUUCUGAACUCCAUCGUCUCUACAGAAUUCAGAAGGACAUGAUGGAUGAAGUCAAGAGGAAAGAGCCACAAAAGCAUCGAGCAUCGAUGGAACCAGCUUCAUCUUCUAGCAUUCGAGGGUCUAGAUUGUCUUUGAAUGAUGCCGGGAAAUGGCACACGCUGUGCUUUACUUUCUUGAAUUCAGAAGUUAAGUACAAAGAUUCUCCAGCAAGUUAUGCUAAAGGUUCGGAAGGAUUUGAUUCAAGACCCUUGAAGGCGAGGAAGAAGUUGUUUGAUCUUCACUUACCGGCUGAGGAAUCUGUAGAUACUGAAGAAGGAGAGAUAUUUCAGAGGCAGAAACCAAAAAAUGCUUCUGCUUCUGCUUCUCCUUCGGCCACAUUGUGUGUUGAUUUUCUUGGCCGUGGCUUGCGAAAUGAAGAGACUAAACGAAUAAGUGAGCCCACAAAACCGCGCGCUGACUGUAUAGACAUUGACAGAGAAACUGCGCGUGUUCGCGAUGGAUUCUUAAUACCUACAGCUGAUGACAAAACUAAAGUUGACGAUAGUCGAUGGUUCUUCAAUGUGGAUCACAAAGGAUUCAGAAGAAGCAACCUUAGUAGUUUGGUAACUCCAGUUACGUCGCCUUUACAUUCCCAUCUAGGGCAAUGCAUCCUUAGUCCAAUCCAUCCUCAGCAUGAUUUAGAUUCAGAAAGAAAUCUUCGUCACCUUAAUAAUAGCUACUUGGAUCCUGCAGCUUCUUGGACUCAAGGUUCAUUCCCAUUCUGUAGUCCCUCUGGUCAAGUUUCUUCGAAGAUGCUUAGUAGAACACCGCAGCCGUCUACUUCGAGCCAAGUAUCAUUUCAUGAAAAAUGGCAAAUCAAUGCUGGUUUUAGUUUGAAUCCUCCUCUGCGAAGCGAAUUUAAGCCGAAUGGAUUUUAUCAGGCCUCUACCUCAGGACCAUUUGCUGGCGAUGUAGCGAUUGAGUGUUCGACUAAAUAUCAGCUGCAGAAUUGUAUGAAUGGCUCAUGUCAAGAAGAUCUAAAACCAGCAAUGGCUAUUGACUUGAAUGAAGCUCUUUCAAAUAGCUCAUCGAAUGAGGUUGUGAUCCCGCAAGAUCUCAAGAGAAAAGGCGAGCCUGUAGACCCUGCGCCGGCAUUGCCUUGGCUUAAACAUAAGCCAAGCUCUACAGAUUCGGGUAAGAAGAGAAAGAAUGGAAUGAUCGACAUUAAUGUAGCUUGUGAGGCUGAUGAUCAGGCUGCUGCCGAAGAACUUACCAUCAAAGAGACGAAAAAGAGUGCUUGUGUCCGAGACUACAUUGAUUUGAACACUUGUGCAAGUGAUUGUGAAGAUCCUUCUGCAACCUAUUGUGAUCGAACGUGUGCUGGUGUUAAGAUAGCCUUCGAAAUUGAUCUCGAAGCUCCUGCAUUCGCGGAGAGUGAUGAUGAUUUUGAUAGAGUGUCGAAAGAAGACCAUCAAGGGGACACGCCGUUGGCGUUGUUAGAGACUAAACAAGAACAAAUGCACGACAAAGUUCUUCGAAAUGCUGCAGAAACAAUAGCUGCAAUCUCCUUAUCAGGUCGACAAAUCAGUAGAGAUGACGAAACAUUGUUAGAGAUAUCGGUUCACUGGUUUGUUGAUGCUGUAUCUUCGAACGAACUUGAGAAGGUUUCUGUCGAAGGAUCGAGACUUAAGGAUGGCUCGUCGCAGCAGGAUUCAUCCAAUGAGAUGGAUGAGUUUGAGGUGUCGACAUUGCAGCUACAAGAAGCUACAGAAGUUGACUACAUGCCUCAUCCUUCGGCUCCCCAAGUUGAGAAAGAAGGAGACAUGGAAGUAGAUACUGUUCCAAGCAGAUCGCGAAGAGUUUUUUCGAGGAGAGGGAGGCAGCGGAGGGACUUCCAACGGGAUAUCCUUCCCGGUAUGACGACAUUGGCGAGGCAUGAAGUGACCGAGGAUAUUCAGACAUUUGGAGGGGUGAUGAAGGCUUUGGGACAUUAUUGGAACCCCGGAAUGGCACGAAGAAAUGGUGGCACACGGGGCAGACGACGAGCUCUGUCUGAAACUAUCCCUGCAGAGACACCAAUCUUGGUCUGCGCUGCUCCAUCGAUGCAAAAAUUUACCGGCGUUGAAGCUGGUCUGGAAGAGAGAAGACUAACAAGGUGGGGGAAGACAACAACCAGGCGGCCGCGGCGACAACGAUGUCCUGCAGGUAAUCUUCAACCAGCUGCUGUCUUAACAUGACAAGGCAGGG